AUGGUUGCUGCUGCAAACCCCAAGGUUGGACACUGGGCCGGACCAUUCGGUGAUCCUGGAACCCCCAUACCCCAGAAAGGCAUCGCCUUCUACGCUCUGUCACCGAACCGCCAGCGAGUCUUUGCCGGCGCGGCCAGCGCUGCAGUGUUCAACACAUUUCGCCGGUUUCGCCAUCAGGUGCUCUACGUUGCUCCCCCGUUUAUGAUUGCCUACGGCUCUAUGAACUGGGCCAUUGAGAGGACACUGUUCAGCUGCUUCAAUUCUUCUCGCAAACGCAUUACUACCCCUCCUUCGAGUCUUCGUUGUCGCGCGACUCUCUCCACAAUGUCUGAAAUCGUUCACCCCACUAUCAAAGAUGGCUGGUUCAGCGAGACCUCCGAAAUGUGGCCCGGCCAGGCCAUGACCCUGAAGGUCAAGGAAGUCCUUCACCACGAAAAGUCAAAAUACCAGGACGUGCUCGUAUUCGAGAGCUCCGACCACGGCACCGUCUUGGUCCUCGACAAUGUCAUCCAAUGCACCGAGCGUGACGAAUUCUCGUACCAGGAGAUGAUCACUCACCUUGCCAUGAACUCACACCCUAACCCGAAGAAGGUCCUCGUCAUUGGUGGUGGUGACGGCGGUGUGCUGCGUGAGGUCGUCAAGCACGAGACUGUCGAGGAGGCCAUCCUGUGCGACAUUGACGAGGCUGUCAUCCGUGUGUCCAAGAAAUACCUUCCCGGCAUGAGCAUUGGUUUCGAACACCCCAACGUCAAGGUCCACAUUGGCGACGGCUUCAAGUUUCUGGCUGACUACAAGAACGAGUUCGAUGUGAUCAUCACCGACAGCUCUGACCCCGAAGGCCCUGCCGAGUCCUUGUUCCAGAAGCCUUACUUUGAACUGUUGAACGGAGCUUUGCGCGAAGGAGGCGUGAUCACUACCCAAGGUUCCGAGAACCAAUGGCUCCACCUCCAGCUCAUCACCGACCUCAAGAAGUCGUGCAAGGAGGUCUUCCCCGUCGCUGAAUACGCCUACACCACCAUCCCCACCUACCCCUCCGGCCAGAUCGGAUUCAUGGUCUGCUGCAAGGAUGCAACGCGCAACGUCAAGGAGCCCCUGCGCCAGUGGUCGCGCGAGGAAGAGGAGCGUUUGUGCCGCUACUACAACGCCGAUAUCCACCGUGCCAGCUUCAUCCUGCCCAACUUUGCUCGCAAGGCUCUUGAGUAG